CAAAAAUCACUACACCAAAGCACUGCUCUGCUCGGGUUCGCGUUCUUCUGCACUGCAAAGAAAAUCGAUUUCAGAGGUGGAGUCUUUUAACUCACCCCACCGUACAGGCUAUUAAAGAGAGCUUUUAAAAUUACUGAGCUCUGGUGUAGACAAGGGUAUCUCUUCUGAACGUCCACUGGUGCGCGCUUUUGACGAGGCGGCAUCAAUAACAAUAAAACAACAACCGAGUUAUUCCGGACCCGUCCGAAUUGGACCAGCCAACAUGACGGAGCUCUCCGGUCCUGAAUUUGAAAUCGACGUGGAAAGUCUCGAAACGGAGAGCGAUGACCAAACGGGUUUCACCACAGCGUUAUCUAGUGCCGGAGAGGAGGACCUAGGCACCAAAGAGGAUGACAAAGCCGGACACGCAAAUCAUGGUUCAGGAGACCAAAAAAAACUUAGCCGCACGCCUAAGUGCGCGCGUUGUAGGAACCACGGAGUGGUGUCUUGUCUCAAAGGACACAAGAGGUUCUGCAGGUGGAGAGACUGCCAGUGCGCUAACUGCCUUUUGGUCGUGGAACGACAGCGCGUCAUGGCCGCUCAGGUUGCGCUAAGAAGACAGCAAGCUACAGAGGAUAAGAAAGGGAUAUCAGGAAAGCCAGUACAAGCUGAAAGACGGAAUAUCUUUCAAAGGCACAUCCGCCCAUCCACCAUGCUGGCCAAAAGUAUCUUAGAAGGCUACCGGCCAGUGCAGUCUGACCCUUUUCUGGGCACUGCGCCAAGUCUGCCUCCACCGCUGAGUGACCGCAUGAGGAAGCGACGAGCCUUUGCCGACAAGGAGCUGGAGACCAUUAUGCUGGAGCGGGAGUACAAAGAGCGUGAGCUGCUGGAGUCCAACCAAUCCGCCACCGCUUCGCUUUUCCUCCCCGGCAGUGUGGUGCAUGCGGCCGAAUACAACUCCUACAAGACAGCGUUCUCAGCGGCGACAGCUCCUGCAGUGCCCGAGCCACCCUCCAAGGACCUGUGUGGCUUCCUGCCCGGCUGCCUGGACUUGUCACUGGGCUAUGGAGCAGCGGCGGCUGCAUCUGGUGGGGCAGCCAAUGUGGAGCUGAUCUCCUCCAAUGUGAGUGUGGCCACCACAUACCGCCAGUACCCGCUCUCGCCUCGCUACAUGAUGUGGCCCCGUGCUGGCGGUGGAGGUGGCGGCGCCAGCAGCCUGGGCGAUGCACUGCUCUACCAGCAGUGUCUCCUCAACGCCACCACCGUGCAGAACCUCAAACCUGGUGCUGUCUGGGACCCCAAGAUGAUGGCUUCUGGCGAGAGCCAUUCGCCCGAGCAGGAGCCUGGCACUGCCGCUGCCCGACUUGAAGGCUCGCGGGUGGCUAUGGAGGCCGGUGAGGCGCAGCCCGCAUCUGCUGAUGGGCUGAGCCAGAGUGGCAGGGAGCGCUCGGCCUUCUCGCCGCCCAGGCGGGCCUGUGGACAGUCAUUCGCUGGUAGCCCACUGCACCCAGGUGGCCAUGAGCAUGUGUUAAACAAGAUGAGCAAGGACAGCGCCAAGCACACACUCUCCAUGAAGCUCAACUCCUUUCACUCUCUGAUCCAGCAGACCCUGAGUGACAAGGGUUCAGAACUGAGGAGGCCCUACUGCAAAGACCUAUUGGAGGAGGCCGCUAAGAAGUACAGGGAUGUCUCGGCUAAAGAUCUAAGCUCUUUGAAAAGUUCUGAGAGAGCAGUUAAAGACUUCCCGGUCAAGUCAACGGACAUGAAGGUGUCUUCCAGUGAGCCAUUGUCAUUUUCGGUGGAAGCCAUAUUAAAACGGCCCUCACUCCCUGUCACUCGAGCAUCCCAGUAAAUGCCUGUGUAAAAAAUGUACUUAUGGACUAGGAUCUUCAAGAUACUGUGUAUUUAUUCAAACACAGACAGAAAUAGAUUGUCUUGACAUUUAUGGUUGUAUUUGUAUGGGAUUAAACAGCUGGAUGAGUUGAUUUAUAGCAUUCAUGUAUUCAUCCUUCUAAGUAAUCUGUUCAGCUCCUUUAAUACUUGUGUAAAUAGCUUUGUAAAUACAAUAGUAUGUGACAGAAGCAUGUUGUAAAUCAGUGUAGAGUAUUUAAAUGUAUUGAUAAUUUUCUACUUUAAAAUGUGUCAA